GCGAAAGCUUUUUUCAAGUUUUAAAAGCCGAAAACUCUUUAAUAACAAGGAAUCUGACGACAAGGGUAGAAAUAAUAGAAUCACAACAAAAAAAAAAUAAUCAGCCUGAAAAAUGGCUCAAAAACUCUAACUCUAAAAAUGGCUCUAAAGAUAUUCGUUUUAAAAUCAAUUUUUUUUUAUUGAAAGUUAUUGUCAUUAGCGAAAGUUUUUGUUCCCAAAAAUAAAGAUUUUGGAAAUUUCGCGACCUCGUCCCCAGUACUAUUGCUUCUCAACGGCGCUGCGCUUUCUGAUAGUUCUAGCGAAAAAAGGUGCUGGGGUCGAGCUUGAUUUUUCUGUAAAAUUUCUUCCAGAAGUACAAAUUCUCGAAAAUUAUCGAAAUUUAUUUUUAGCUGGAAGUUUGUUUGCUUUAAUAAAACACGUCUUUAUGUAUAGGAUUAAAUUUCAAGCACGCGGUUAUCAUCAGAAAAGUCAACAAUUCACUAAACGGUAAUAAAAUAGUUUAAACAUAACUUAUUGUGCUGAGAAGCAUGAUGAAUUGAUAUGAGAUUGAAAUUCAAAACGAAACAAAUAGGACAGGCUGAAUAAUUUAUGUAGAAUGUUGAAACAUUUCAAUAAGACUUGUACAAAACAUAGAAAUAUAAAGAAUCGCAGGUUGUUCAGAGCGAAGAAAACAGACAAGCUUUAGUUUUUAAUAAAAUGUUUUUAUACAGAAGUUUACAAAAGAUUUUACCCUUCUUAUGUGGAGUUUUUUUUGGGAUAUUUUUAUUUAAUUCGUAUCAUAUUAACUCAGAGAAUGCAAAAGAAGUUAGAUUUAUCCAGCAAAAUGUUAUAACGGAACAAAAAAUAAAAGCCAAAAGUAAAAUUUAUGAAAAUGAAAUCAAGGUGGCUACAGAGCAUCGUGAACGCGUUCAAAACGUUGCUGUAAACAUUGUUCCAAACGUCCCCUUAAAACAGAGAUACAAGACUAAAGUUUUCAAAGAUAUUUACUCGUUUGACGAAAAUGAGAAGGAUUUUAGCGGGAAGUAUUGGGAAAUGGCGCCUCAUUAUAACGUAGACGAUUAUGGAGUUCCCAUCGAAGAAUACGUGCUAUCUGUAGACAAUAUGAAGUCUCUGUCAAAAGAAGAUCGUUUGAAAAAAUUUAAAGAACGAAACAUAAAGACAGUUCUUUAUUAUCACGCUGCCUAUGGAAGUAAAACAUAUGGCUUCAACUUUGAUGAAACGUCUAAGCAAGGUCAGUUGCCUUACAUCAUGAAAGGCUGUCGAAGAAGAGAUUGCUUUUGUACAGAUCAAAGAGAUUUUAUUCCAAUCGAAGAAUUUGAUGCUAUUGUGUUUUAUUCAAGAGGAAUACAGAAAUCGGAUAUACCAGCAGUUCGAAAACCACACCAGCGCUAUAUUUUAUGGGAAAUGGAACCAGUGGCUUACUUAAUUAGCUUCGAUCCUCCUUCAUGGAAAAAUUUUUUUAAUUGGACCCACACAUAUCGUAGAGACUCUGAAAUGUGGGAACCUUGGGGUGUCAUGAAUCAAGUUAAACCAUUUCCUAAAAAUGUAGAUGACUUGAUUGCUGAAAAAAGAAAAGACCUUCAGUUGGCUGUGAAUAAAAAGAAGUCGGUGGCUUGGUUUGUCUCAAAUUGUAAUUCAAGAUCGGGUAGGGAAAAUUACAUCAGAGAGUUACAAAAAUACAUCACGGUGGACGUCUAUGGUAUGUGUGGGCCAUUGAAAUGUGACAGAAGUGAGUAUUUGAAAUGUUGGGACGAUGUAGAGAGGGAUUAUUAUUUUUACUUCUCAGGUGAAAACUCAUUGUGUAAGGAUUAUAUAACAGAGAAGUUUUUUAACGCCAUGAAAAGAAAUAUCUUACCGAUUGUAUUUGGUGGAGGGCAAGGAACAAACGAUUAUUAUUUUGCACCUAAAAAGUCUUUUAUAAAUACAUACGAUUACAAAAGUCCCAAAGAGCUAGCAGAAUAUUUGUUAAAACUACAGAAAGAACAUGCAGAAUAUGUUAGUUAUUUUUGGUGGAAACCUUAUUAUAAUAUAUGGCUUGGAAGAUGGAAGAAAGCACAUUGUGAAAUAUGCGAUAAACUUCAUGCAAAUGAACCCAGGAAAGUUUACAAGGACAUGCAGGAUUGGUGGGUAACACAAUCAAAAUGCAGACCAGCGUACUAAAAUAAUUUUGUUAUUUCAUUGUUUUUAAAAUUUCGCAGAUCAUCGUUGAAUUGGAGAUGAUUAAAAGAAGAAUAAACAAAUGUGAUUUUUAGUUUCGCGAUUACUAUGGAUGGUUUAAUAAACGUACAUUUCCUAAAUAAACGUGCGUUAUUUAACCUGCAGUUUGUAGGUUAACUUCAUUCCCAACCUUUUUCUAAAA